AUGCGGGACCCUCACCUCACUGGUCCCCCCUUGUUUCCCCUGUCUUCCUCGUACCCUGCCCAGGCCCUGCUGUGCCUGGGUGACCUGGUGGCUGGCCACCCCGCCAAUCAGGAGUACCUCAAUCGCUGUUGCGUCAGCGUCCCCGCCCCCGCAGCCCCCCCGCCCGUCGCCGCAAACGGCGGCCCGCCCGCCUCCCCACGCCGCGCCGGCUACGCGCCUGCGGGGGCGCAGUCCCUCUGGGGUUCGCCCGGGGCCCAGAAGCAGCAGCAGCAGCAGCGGACGCAGCAGCUGCCGGCGCUGCACGCCGCGCUGAGGGUGGCGCUGCUGGCUGAGUCGCCGCGGGAGGCGGCUGCGGCAGCGCACGUCAUCGCCUGCUUCUGCCGCGGCAAUCCUGAGGGCCAGGUGGCGCUCGCGUCCACGCUGGCGGUGCAGGGGCGCGGCCCGGGGCGAGACCCCUUUGGGGAGGAGCUCUGGAGCGCGGUCAGCGGGGCGGGGGGCGCGCAGCAGCAGCACCAGCAGCAGCAGCCUGCGGCCGCGGCGGGCGUGCAGCGGGGCGCGUGCGUGCUGGCGGCCAUUGUCGGCGGCAACCCCGCGGCGAAGGAGCGUGCGGCGGCGGCGCUGGGCGGCGGGGACGCACUGACGGACGUGCUGACCCAGCAGCUGUCGGAAUCUGCGCGCCGCGGCGACGCCGCCGGCCGCGCCGCGGCCUGCUCGCUGCUGCGGCUCCUGGCCGCCUGCGCCGCGGCCGUGGUGCUGGACGCCAUUCUGCAGCGCCUCGGCCUCAGCCAGUUCUUCGGCCGGCUGGAUGCCAUGGUAAACUGCGUGGCGUUCAAGGCCGCCAGCGCCAGCGGCGGCGCAGCUCACGGCGGCGCCGCGCGCGCCGCGGCGCCUGGGGGCCCCGGGCACGAUGGCGGCGCAGGCGCGGCGGCGCGGACGCCGCAGACGCCGCGGCGGCAGCAGCAGGAGCAGGAGGGCGAGGAGGCGGGGGCUAUGUUAUAUGAUGAGCCCUUCACAAAGCUGGUGGCGCGCGUGAUCGAGGCCGCGAGGCAGAUCACAUUGGAAGCAUUCUCAGGAGGUGGCGGCGGGGGCGGCCUGGCAGGGCCGGCGGCGGCCAGCACGGGGUUCACAGCGCAGCAGCAGCAGCAGCAGCAGCAGCACCCGCCGUCGCCGCCGCCGCCGCCGCACGUCCUGGCAGCAGCGGGCGGCCUCCCGCCGCCGCUACCGCCGCUGAUUCCAAUGGGACCGCCUGGAGCCGCGCCGCCGGGCGCGCACGCACACGCAUCUCAUCUCGUCCCGCCGCCGGGGCCGCCUACGCAUGCACCCCACUCGUUUCUGAUGCCACAGCCGCCGCGGCCCUUCAUGCCCGUUGGCUAUGAGCAGCAGCAGCAGCCGGCUUUCUAUCAGCCACAGCAGCACCAGCAGCAGCCGCAGCACGAGCAGCAGCACCACCAUCACCACCAACAACAGCCGCAGCAGCAUCAACCUCAGCAUUUUCAGCUGCCACCGCCGCCGCAGCUGCAGCAGCUGCAGCAGCAGCAGCAGCAACAGCAGCAGCAGCAGCAGCAGCAACCACCACUGUAUCCAGAGCAGCAACGCCAGACGCCGCCCGCCACGCCCCCCACUGUGCUCGCCGACCCCGCGGCCGCGGCGCAGCAGCAGGCGCAGCAGCAGCAGGCGCAGCAGCAGGCAGCACUGCAGGCGGCGCAGCAGCAGCUGGCGGCGGCGCUGGCGCAGGCGGCGCGGCUGCAGGCUGAGGUCGACGACCUGAGGGGCCGCAACAGGGCCCUGGCUGAGGACCUGCUUCGCGCCAGCACUGGCGCCGGCGGCGGCGCGGGCGGCGCCGGCGGCGGGUCCGCCGCGGGGGGCGGCGGGGACGCCGAGGCGCGCGCGGCGAUGCAGCUGCGGGCGAGCCGGGCGGAGAUGGAGGCCGGGGCACUUAGGCAGCAGCUGGCGUCGAUGCAGCAGGGCUGGGCCGGGUUGGAGGCCGCAGUUGCGAGCGCGCGGCGCGACGCGCAGGACGCCGCCGCUGCCGCUGCCAAGGCCGACGCUGACCUGGCGUCCCUCAGCGCGGCCUACAACAGCCUCGAGUCCCACAGCAUCGCCCUGGAGGAGCAGCUCGCAGCCGCCUGCCAGCGGGUAGACGACGCCGCAGCGGCGGCGGCGGCAGCGGCCGCCAACGGCCAUGCAGAGGGCAAGGCGAGCCAAGGCGCAAGCGAGGAGCAGAUUGAGGCGCGAAUUGCAGAGGCCGUGGCGGAGGCCGUGGCGGCGGCGGUCGCGGCCGAGCGGCAGCGGCAAAAGGCCGAGGCGGCGGCCGCGGCGGCGGCGGCGGCGGCGGCGCGCCAGAGCGAGCAGGCGAGCGAGCGGCCGCGGGCGGCGGCCGGCGGCGUGCCGGAGGCGGAGGUCGCGGCACGUGUCGCGGCGGCGGCCGAGGCGGCGCGAGCGGAGGCGGCGGCGGAGGCGGACGGGUCUCUGGAGGACCUUCUGGUUUGCCUGGGCCGCGAGGAGGCCAAGGUGGCGGCGCUGUCUGCGCGGCUGGAGGCACUGGGGGAGGACGUGGGCGGCCUGCUUGAGGGGCUGGACGCGGACGGCGGCUCCGAGGGGGAGGGCGAGGGGGACGUGCUGUAG